CAUAAGAUGGAACAGCUGUUUCAUGACAGCUCAAUAAUUUUCGUGAAAUUUAAUUGACGUCCUGAAAAAAACUAAAAUGAUGUUAACAUCGAUUAUAUCACCUUUCAAGAAACUUUAAAAAGUUAGUUCUUUAUAACAUCAGAAAUAAUUUAAAAAACUUGUGACCAUGUUUUCUGCAUUUAAACGGUUGGCUGGGAAAUCGGAUGGAUCAGUUGGAGCUUGUUCACGGCCAGCCCACCAGUCUAUGCCUACGACGUUACAAAAAAAGUUUGCAAAAGGGGUACAAUAUAACAUGAAAAUCAUCAUAAAAGGUGAUCGGAAUGUAGGAAAAACCUGUUUGUUUCAUCGGUUGCAAGGUCAGAAAUUUGUUGAAGAAUAUAUUCCAACAGAGGAAAUCCAAGUGGCUAGUAUACAGUGGAAUUACAAAGCUACCGAUGAUGUUGUAAAAGUUGAAGUUUGGGAUGUAGUAGAUCGUGGAAGGCGUCGUAGGAAAAUGGAAGGUUUGAAAAUGGAAAACUGUCCUUCUGAGAAUAUGGAAGAACCAGUUUUAGAUGCAGAGUUUUUGGAUGUUUAUAAAGGAACUAAUGGUGUUAUAGUAAUGAUGGAUAUUACUAAAACAUGGACAUUUGAUUACGUGCAACGUGAACUUCCAAAAAUACCAAGUCAUAUACCCGUUAUUGUCUUAGGCAACCACUGUGAUAUGUCGCACCACCGAACUGUUACUGCUGAUCUCGUUACAUAUUUCAUUGAUUCUCUGCCAGAAAGAGCAGCACAAGUUAGAUAUGCAGAAUCAUCAAUGAGGAAUGGAUUUGGACUAAAGUUGUUGCACAAAUUCUUUAAUCUUCCAUUUCUUCAAUUACAACGAGAAACAUUGGCAAAACAAUUAGAGACAAACAAGGAAGAGAUACGACUAACUAUUCAAGAGCUUGAUCUUUUUCAGGAUAGCGAUGAUGCUGAUUACAAUAAAUUUUUAGAUAAUCUCGUAAACAAAAGAAGGGCUUUUGCAGAUUCAGUUUCCUCUAGUGUUUUGAUUCCAAAUGUUACUUCGUCAUUAAGUAGUAAUCGUAUUUCACCUUCUACCAGUGCUGCUAAUCUUAAUGUAGAGGUUAGGAGAUCUGUAUCGAUACCUGGACCAAUUGGUGGAGGUACUCCAAUUCCUGUAAAAAAUCUAGAUCUAAAAGCUCCUACAAAAAAAGAGAGUAUGUUACUGAAAUCUGUGCAGAACACUGGCAUGUCCGUAAACGUGCAAAAUGCUUCCAUGAUAUCAAAUGUGCAGAAUCUUCCAAAAUUAGAUGUCAAGUCAGGAAAUUCAAUAUUGCAACAAAAUGUAGAUAAAAAAGAGCCACCAGACAUUAGAUCACAAUCUGUUAUGUCAAAAUUCUUUACUAAUAACCAAGAAGAGGAAACGGAGCGGUUGCCCAAUUCAAGUGGAAUAACUUUAAAUUCACCAUUAACUAGUAUUGAAGAUUUCGUCCCUGAUGAUGGCAUGUUAGACAGAUCUUUUCUAGAUGACAACAAUCAAGUGACUCCACUGAAAACACAACACGAGCAAAUUGAAUCAGAGAGCGAUACAGAGACAGCAAAUCCUCUAGUUGCUGGUUACGAGGAUGAUUUAUCAUCUGUUGAAGAAGCACCAACUCCCGUUCAAAUGAAGCUUGUGGAAAAUCCUUUGAGCAAACAAAAAUAUAAGCAUGAUCCCUUACCAACCAUCAGUAUGAGUUCUCAAGACCUAUGUCAAUCUGCAAAACGUGAUUCAAUAACAUCUAUUGAACAAGAAAUUCAUAAUGCCACUAAAUAUGAACUCAAUGAUUCACAUGAUUUGAAUUCCGAUGCUUUCGAUAAUUGGCUCAGUAGAGAUUCAAAGUGGCGUCAAAGCCCUGAAGGUGGAGAGGAUGUAAGCAAUACGAAUACCAGAAGAGACAGAAUAGAAUUGAGUGAUAAAAGUCUAGAUGUCAGUAUGACAGGUUCUAACGUUCAUUUGGAAUUGUUAGAUAGUACCAGCAUUCAGCACUUGAGUUCCAAUAGCAGCAGUCCCGUAAUGAAGGAAAAAAAGAAGCACAAAGACAAGAGUGAAGACAAGGAGAAGAAAAAGAAAAAGAAAAAUAAAGAUAAAGAUAAGGAGAAAUCGGAAAAAUUAGACAAAAAAAAGAAACGAUCAUUUCAUCGCUCUCGAGAUGAAAAUCAAGAACACGACGAAUUGGAGGAAUUUUUAAAUGGGUCUACAACACGGGUUGGGGUUAGUGCUGCUUAUGAAGCUAUAUAGCCAUAUUGAAGUGUUCAAUGUGGUAACGACGUAUGACAGCUGAGCUUUCAAUCUAUUUCUAUUUCUGAUAUUUAAUUCUUAAUUAUACAGCUUCGUAAGACUGUCACAGUAUAAAGUACUAAAAAAAACUUUGCUUUCUAAGGUAUGAUAAUUUUCAGAAUACAUGGAGAGAAUCUUAAAAAAAAAAAUGUAAUUUAUAUAAAUUAUGUUAAUGACAAGUGGCAAAAAAGUUUUUACACGUAACGUUUUUGAAACUCUUACAACAAGGGCAGUUAAAAUAAUAUUAUAUUUGAAUGAUAGAUUAUCUUGUUAUUAUUUAUCUUCAUGAAAUGUGCAUAAAUAAUUGGCAUAAAUGUAUUAUAUUUAUACACCUUAGAUCUUGUAUGUGUCUAUCAAGGUAAUUGCUAUAGGCAUUGAGUCAUAAGAUGCAAAUUUUGAAUGAACGAAGACAUUUCAUGUACAAUCUUGAAACACAUGUCUCAAAUAGCAAAUUUUAUGGAGAACAAAUUAAUUUAUCUUUAUUGAGAGUAACUGUAAUUUUCUUAUUUUACAGUAUAGUUUUGCACUUUGUUACAGUUAUUUUUAAUUCUUAUUCUUGUAGUAUGAUAAAAUAUGUGUAUAGUAUAAUCACAAGACUAUCAUUGCAGCUUCUUGUUAAUAAAU